UCCAUGUGACUCAAUGUGGGAGGAGGAGGGAGCGGGGCAAAGGAGGACAGCGGCGGCGGCGUUACCUGCAGGGGCGGGAGGCAGGGCGCCCACAGCUGCACGUACACCCGGCCUCCGUAUUUAAAGCGGAGACGGAGGAAGAGGACACAGGAAACAACAGGGAGGAAAGGGCAAAAGUUUAUCUCUGCGGAUCCCGGCUUCUGUCUGACGACCGGAGUGUACCCUGCUGUCAGAUUAAAACAAAAACUACCAGUAAACAAAUGCCAAGACUCGAGGAGCACUGCUGGAGUUGCUCUUGCACCAGAAAUAUAGACAAGGAAAGCAAAAAUUUUAGCACUUGGCUAACACAGAGAGCAGGAGAAGCCAUGUCCUCGCUCAGCUCUCUCCUCAGUCUCGCCUACAGCACCUUAGCCAGCAGCCAAGGCCGCAGCCUGAUCCGGAGGAGCUUGGUCCUAUUUAUUGUUGGUGUAUUUCUUGCCUUGGUGCUCAACCUUCUCCAGAUCCAAAGGAAUGUGACGUUAUUUCCUGAGGAAGUCAUUGCUACCAUCUUCUCUUCAGCUUGGUGGGUCCCACCAUGUUGUGGCACAGCGGCUGCUGUUGUUGGCCUUCUGUACCCCUGCAUCGACAGCCACCUUGGUGAACCUCACAAGUUCAAGAGGGAGUGGGCCAGCGUCAUGAGGUGCAUCGCAGUUUUUGUCGGCAUUAAUCAUGCUAGUGCUAAACUGGAUUUUGCUAAUAAUGCUCAGCUGUCAUUGACCCUUGCAGCCCUGUCUUUGGGCCUGUGGUGGACCUUUGACCGCUCCCGCAGUGGCCUGGGACUUGGAAUUACAAUAGCCUUUCUUGCAACACUCAUCACACAGUUCCUUGUCUACAAUGGAGUUUACCAGUACAUGUCCCCAGACUUCCUAUAUAUCCGCUCCUGGCUGCCAUGUAUAUUCUUUUCUGGAGGAGUGACUGUGGGAAAUAUAGGGAGGCAACUAGCUAUGGGUCCUACAGAUAAAGUGCACACAGACUAGAUACCUCACCUUGCCAUACUUAAAUGUACUAAGAGAAGAAUGAGGCACAUUUCGGGGAAAAGCUUGCAAACUUUUCACCUGCAAACGCAUUAAACUGUGAAGGCUGUCACUUCAUUAUUUGGUUAGUACAUUCUACUGUGUGCGGAAUCUUGUUCCUAGCUCUAUGGAUUUUUACCACAUCGGACUAUUCCUAUACCUGGAGGAACUGCGAUAAGAGAAGAACAAAUCACCCGAUAACGCAUCUUUUCUUCCAUGAUCGCUGCAGUUUUGUUUUUGUUUUUUGUCUCUGUAGUGGUAGGACGUCAGAUGUCUUCUGCAUGGUGUAAUAGGCUGGGGUGCCAGCUUCAAGUACCAGUAUUACAAUUUCAUUCUGAGAAGAUAAGGAGGAAAUUACUGUUAUGGAGUUUUGCUACGACGUCUAGAAGUCCUAAUGGAUGCAUGAAAAGAGGAAAAAAAAAAUAAGAUGAAGUGAUAGGAGUUUUCUUGUUUGUCUACCAUGGAAAAUAAGGCUGUGGGCAAAAAAGCUGUAGCAUGAAAGGGAAACGUAGUUGAGGCCACCAGAUCUAAUCUAGGGGGCAGUAUGUUGAGUUUUCCUUAAUACUUGCUAGGCCCAUAUUAGCAACAGGGGUGAGAGUCUCCAGCAUACUGAACUGUGAUGGUAGCUGAGACUAUAGUAAUAAGCAUUCUAAAAAUAAGCUACAUGAUCAGUUUUGACCAGAAAGUAGCUAGCCCUGGUGACCACUAGAAGCUGGAAAAUAUUCCACUUUGCCUUAAUGUAUAUGACUGAUUGCUGGGCCAAGUGGCUGGAUCAUCAGAUGGUUUGGCUUUCUUGCUAUUAGGUGACAGUGUAGGCAGAGAUGCUUGACUAGAAUUGUCAGCCUGCGUAAAGGCUCGUGGUUGGAUUAAAUUCCUGUGGGGCCACCUUUCCAACGAUGUUAGGCCUCAUUCACACAGCCAUAUUUUUGGCCCACAUCCGGUUCUCACACGGACCCAUUAAUUUCUACGGUGCUGCAAAAAAAUGUCAUCCAUGUGCUGUCCAUAUCUGAGGCCAUGCAGCAAAUUAUUGAACAUGUUCUAUACUUGUCCGUUUUGGAGACAAGAAUAGGCAUUCUAACAACGUGCGGAAAGUGUGGCAUACACACGGCCUGUAGCCGUAUUUUGUGGAUCCGUGGCUUAUGGACCAUGAAACAAAUGGUCGUGUGCAUGUAGCCUUAAUGGCAAUUUUCUGGACUAUAAUAUGAAUGGUCGAGUGCCACAUCCCUUUCAUUUCUUAAUGGGCAUAACACAGUACACUUGGUAGUACUGCAGCUCAGUCCCAUUUAAGGCAGAUCCGACACCAAAUGUUUGGAGCUGUGCCUCGUCCUUCAGUCUGCUGUCGGUGGGGUGCUGGUAGUCGGAUCCCUGCUGUCUGAUAUUGAUGGCUAUCAAUUUUGUAGUCCCAGAAUACCUAUUUAAAGGGAACCUGUCACUUUGCACAAGGCAGCAUGUUAUAAAGCGGGAGGAGCUGGGCAGAAAAGACUUGCUAUAACUGGUAAUCUAUCAAUUAAAAUUCCAGCUCAUUCUAGGCUUUGACAGCCUUCCCUCUAUGAUUGUGCAUACAGAGAUGGCUGUCAAUCACACGUCCUCCUGCUCUAGAACGUGCCUGCCGCCUGUAGCUCAAACACCAUGUUCAUCAUGACAGGUUCCCUUUUAUUGUCCCUGCUUUGCCAGCCACAUGUGACACCAGCAAUAGUCAUAUUCAUAAGACAGGACAGCCAGAGAAAAACCUUUACGUGUUAAAGUGUCAUUUAUUAUGCUAGAAGAGGCGGAUAUUUUUUGUGUGUGUCUCACAGCCUUAUUAAUAUUUGCAGUCUGUGAUUGCCUUGUAAAGAUAAAAGUGCAUUUGUCACUUCAUUUAACAUGUUAUGUUUUGUUUUUUUUGUCUUCUAUAGUAUUUGUGAGCUCAGAGUAUUGAUUGUUCACAUUUAUUUACAUGUAGUUCAGUCUGAUUACGAACAGUCAAAAUGACAAGUGCAAUGUGUUUAAAAAAAAAAAAACUUAAAGGGAAUCUAUCUGCUCCUUUCAUUGUGGUAUCGUUACAUUAAAUAUUUGCACAAUUUAUUGAUUUGUCGAUGCGCUUUAAAAUCACAUUCUGUAGUCAGAAAGCAUUAAGUGGCAUCUUAAAUAUCUGCCAUCAAGAAGAAAAGGUAGAGUGAAAUCGCUCGCUUUAGUAGAGCGCUAAACCUGGAGCAACUGGGAUAAAGCAGACGUGUUCUUCAGGAAGAGUGUUGGUGUACCUUGUAAUAAGAUGUUUCUCUUGAAAGCACAGCUUAGACUUGGUGAGCAGGACCUCGUAGACCAUCAAGUGCUUUCACCUUGACUUUUCAAAUGGAACUUGAAAAAUCAAUCCUCACAGAUCUCGAUUCCUCUAGGUUUUCUGGGACAUUGACAAUAAAUAAUCAUCCUUUUUUGAGGUGUGUUCACACCCACUCACAGAAUUGCUUGUGGAAAAGUCACCUCUUAUUACAGUAGCAGCAAAGCGGUUGAAAUUUUACCUACUAGCAUCCACACACUGCGGAAAAAAGACCUGCAGCAAAAAAUUGCCCUGCCGUGUGAGAUCUGCAGCAGGUCGAUAUGGAUUUUCCACCCUUUACAAUGCAUAAGGGGAACUCUGCAGCAAAGUCUGCAUAUAACAUGUCAUCUGGAUUGAUUGCAGAUUUUGCAAUGAAAUUCCGCCUCCGUUUCUGAGGAAUGUCAUGCGGCUGUGUGUAAUGUCAGGAAGCUCUGGUCUUAUUGGUUCGAUCCAUCUAGGGGCAAAUUUCUGAAUAAAAAUACAUUGUUGAUGUCCCAGAAUCCUCCUUGUAGGUAUAAACUUUUCCUUUUGCAUUUUUGUACAUUUAAAGGAGAUUUAUUAAAAGUAUUGUUAAAGAGGCUGGCUUGGUCGCCCAUACUAACAAUCAGAUUCCACCUUUCAUUUUCCAAUGAAGAAAAAUGAGAGGUGGAAUCUGGUUGGGCAACUAAGCCGGGUUUCCUUUGCACCAAUUUUGAUAAGUCUCUCCCUAUAGACCUUUAUCUAAAUGAUAGAUUCCCUUUAAAUGAUAUACAGUAUAUUACGGCAUUGCGAAUUGUAUACUGUUGGGCCCUACUGGGCCACAUAACUAUAACAUAACUCUGCAAGUUCCUACAGCUGAGGAUAUGGGAGCCUGUCCCUCAUGUUUGGGAGCAUAACCUAAGCCAGUGAUGGCUAACCUCCAGCUGUGGUGAAACUUUGACUCCCAGCAUGCUCCAUUCAUUUCUAUAGAGUUCUGAGAACAGCAAAGCAAGUGUACAUCUUGGGAGUUGUAGUUUUACCACAGCUGCAGGAUAGCCAUCACAGACCUAAGGCUUCAUUCAUAUGAUUGCAUUAUGACUACUUGCGAGAGCCAUAUUUUAAAUGUCAAAAGCUGACAGGGAGGCUUUUGUGAUGGUUUUCCUGUUUCCCAGUACCAGGUCUUGUAUCCUUUGGCACUAAAUAAACCACUCGCUCACACACCAUAGCCUGAGCCGUUGCCCGGCAUCGGCCGUAUUGCAGGUCCGCAAUACACGGGCACCUGGUGGGUCUGCAAUCCGGGAGGUGCGGAACGGAGGCACAGAAACCCACGGAAGCACUACAGGUGUUUCUGUCCGUGCCUCCGCACCACUAAAAAAAAGCUCCGGCCAUUGUGCUAGGGAUUAAGCUGGUUACAUGCUACUCGCAUGGAAGUGAAUGGGAAGGCGCUGCAGUAACCGGCUUCAAAAGGUUUGGACAACCUCGUGAAGCCUGCACAAUUCCUUCUGAAAAACAGGUUUGGAUCUUCCUAAAGAAAAGCAGGGAAGUCGGCUCUUCCUUUGCAGGAUCUGAUCCCAUUUUUGGGAAGGCACAUACAGUCUGCUCACAGAAGUGUGAAUACAGCCCAAGGCUAAUUCCACACCUCCGGCAGGCUGUUCCGGAAGGGACUCGACCGGACAAAAAUCAUUACGUUUUUUGUCCAGCCGCUUCCCGGGUAGUGGAAAUGGCUUUAGGCCUCAUGCACAAGACAGGGGUAAUCCAAAAGCGUUCUAAAUCCCAUGUGCUGUUGUAUGGUGCUCUGUAAAUGGCAGCCAAUGGGGUAUGCCACAAAAGAAGCCUCCAUAUGAACUCUAAAGCAUACGGGGGUACAGAAUAGCCCCUUUAUGUUAGUACAAAUCCAUUGUUGUACGGAGCCAUAAUACAAUUGUGUACAUGAGGCCGUACUGUGUAAAUGGCAGCAAAUGGAUGAUUCUUCCUGCUGGCGGUCAGAAUAUCUCCCACAACAAUGGUGUGACAGGUCUCCUAGAAGGGGUUCUAAUGAUGCAAAUCAGCAAUAAUUUCUGUAAUAGACAAAAUCGGUAUGCAUUUAUUUGUAUUCAUUGAGCUGUAUUGACAAGUACUCCAUUUAUGAUCUUUAAGGCUUUUUUUUUUGUGAAGUUGCCUUUUUAUAUUUUACUUUUAUGCAAGGAAAUUAUGCUUUUGGUAUCAACUCUUGCUGCAAGAUGGUUGGAUUUCUGUAUUAUCUGCCAACCGAAUCCUGGUUUUAUUGUUAAUCGCAAAAUCUUUUGUGCUAUUUUUGUUAAAUAAAACAAAUUGAAGGUGUAUUUUGGUUAUAUAAAAUUAUCCAUAAGAUGGAGGAUAACCAGGUCAGUUCUAUGGGACCCCUGCACCGAUCACAAUCAGUGCCUCGUGAACAGAAAUGAAUGGAGCGGCUGGCUGAGCGUGCACCAUGCCGCUGUAUUUAUUCUCUAUGGGGCUGCCAGAGAUUUAUGGAUCGCCACUUUAUCAUAUGUCAAUUACGAUUGAUUAUAUAUUAGCAGGAAAUUAGGAGUUGAGAUGCCGGCAUCGGAAGGGGACUGCUGUAGGUUAGAUCUGACUCCCAAACAAGGAUAGUAGUGCCUUCAUCUGACAUUCAGAGGCGUCUAUUCAUAGCCAUGUAGCCCACCUGCAAGUGUCGGGUAAGGCAACAGUUCUGGUGCUCAUACGCCAUAUAACCGUAAGAAAAUCCUAAAGGUGGUCAUAUACCUUAGACAGUGGAUUUCUAAUCCCUCUGAACACCCCAUGUAUAUGCACUUGGCCAGGCUUUCAUGUGUCCUCGAUAGAGAAUGCAGCCAGUCUUUAGCUUGUAGCUUCACCUUAGCUGGAGGAUCCCAGGUUUCCAGUCUCAGAUCUGCGACAUUGCGGAUACCACCAGUCCCUGACUUCUUUUUUUUUUUUAUCUGGUUUUUCGUGGGCUCUGUCAUUUUAAUGAGAAUAGUGCUGCAUGCAGCGCUGUUGUCCGCAUCAAAUCUGAUCAACGAUAUAUUUAAAAAAGGCUUCUUCUAAUUGGGGCUCAUGCACACAAAGGUCGGGCCCAUAUUGCAGACAUUUUCUGCGCCGCGGAUGGAUCCCAGACCCAUUCAAGUUGAAGGAGUCUGGAUCUUUCUGCGGCAGCCGCACAGAUGUUGCCCGUGCAUUGCGAUCCCCAAAGCAUGGAACGGCCGGGCAUGGCAGUGUGCAUGAGCCCUUAUUGUGGUCUUUACAGGCUCCACGUCUUGCGUUUUUUUUUUUUUUUUUUUUUCAAUGUAACAAACCAAAUAUAGAGACAAGUAACUCUGUUUUGCCAAUACUUGCAGCAAGUUUCUGAACCAAAAGUUUGCCAAGUUGUAAAAGUUAACAAAAAAUUGCACUAUGCUGGACUAUGGAUAUACAUUGACUUUGUAUUAUUUUUCCAGUUAAUGACCUUUAUGUGUAGGAUUUCUGUGAAUGCUUUGUGUAUCAUAUUUUUUAUUUUAUUUUUUUGUAUUAAAAGUUGUGGAU